AUGUUCGAAUACAACUUGAAGGCGUUCCUUGCGGGAGCUACAGCUGGUUUAUGUGUAGAUGUCAGUUUGUUUCCCAUCGAUACCAUCAAAACCCGAAUCCAGAGUGCACAACACAGCAUUCAACGUGUACCUGGCAACCAGCGCUUAUUUGCUGGACUUCCCGCUGUCCUAGUGGGGUCUGCUCCUGGCGCUGCCGUGUUCUUUCUAACAUAUGAAUUCGUCAAGAAUGAAGUUUAUUCCGUAGGUAUGCCACCAAUCUGUUCCAGCGUUUGGGCUGCUUGCUUGGCAGAAGUUGCGGCUUGUGUUGUCCGUGUACCAUGUGAAGUUUUGAAACAACGGGCUCAGAACUCUCCCCACCUUGCCAUGCGAGCAAUCUUUUCAAGGGCCGUCAAUACUGAGGGAGUCUUCGGUUUGUAUCGAGGUUACCUCAGCACCGUACUUCGUGAAAUCCCGUUCUCCUUUAUUCAGUUUCCCAUAUGGGAGCAUCUGAAGCUCCUCACAAUUCGGUGGAAUCAGCGGCAUCAGCCUCAAGGCCAUCCAGUUUCUGGCUUUGCAAAUCCCCACGAAUUGCAUUUUUGGCAGUCAGCACUCUGUGGAAGCCUGUCUGGAGCCAUUGCUGGAGCUCUGACGACUCCUUUAGAUGUGGCAAAGACCCGCAUUAUGCUUGCCGAGGCUCACACCCCUUUGGCGUCCGGAAACAUAGUGACCGCGCUCAAGACGGUUUUUCGCGAGCUGGGACUGCGCGGCUUGUUCAGAGGAAUUGUGCCUAGAGUAUCCUACCUGGCUUUGGGUGGUGCGAUUUUUCUGGGUAUGUACGACACAUCUUAUCGCCUUUGGAACCGCGUAAUCCAUACGAUGCCCAGUGAAUCACCCUAGCGUUCCGAUCCCCACCAAGCGGUUUACGCUCCCCCAUUGUAAAAUAGGUUAUUUUUUUCAUCAUUUAGUCUUGUAUUAGUAAUAUAUAUCUUAUUCGACUGGUGG